AUGGCCGGUUCGCGGUUCAACCAGUCGAACCGGCCGAUUCGAUCCGGUUUCAAAACAUUGCAGAUAGCUCAGGUUUUCCUUGACAUUGUUUACAAGCUACAUGGCUUGCCAGAGUCCAUCAUUUUGGAUAGGAACAAGAUCUUUAUUAGCAGAUUCUGGCAGGAGCUGUUCCACAUGCUAGGGAUUAGCUUACACUAUAGUUCUUCUUAUCAUUCUCAAUCCGAUGGGCAAAAUGAGAGGGUAAACCAAUGCUUGGAGAACUACCUCAGGUGCAUGUGCAGUGACUAUCCUACUCACUGGAGUAGUUGGUUACCCACGGCAAAACUAUGGUACAACACCAACUUCCAUACCAGCUUGAAAGUUACUCCUUUUGAAGCACUGUACGGGUAUAAACCAAACCACAUUCCUCUUGGGCCAUUUCAUGAUAGUGUUAUACCUGCUGCAGCUAGCAUGUUGCAGGAUAGACUCCAAAUCGUGGCUAAGGUUGGGGCAGUCGCCUACAAGUUGUUACCACCUGACAAAGCUAGAAUCCAUCCCGUUUUCCAUGUGUCUUUAUUGAAGAAGAGAGUUGGGAACACCCAAGCUGUUGAGCCUACCUUACCAGCUAUAGAUUCAGCUGACCAAUGCUUGCUGGAGCCUGAGAAAAUCCUCCAGAGGAGAGCUACCAUGAGGAACUCGCAGCCUGUGAUCCAAUAUCUGGUGAAAUGGAAUCACCUGUCGGAAUCGGAAUCUUCUUGGGAGGAUAAGUCUUUCAUUGACAAGCAAUUCCCAAACUUUCAAGCUUGA